UGGUUUUUGAAUGAUGGUCGCAGGCUGGCUCUCGGUCGGUGCUCCACGCUUCGCCAUCGUCUUCCGGACGGGAAAAAAUCUGGACGCAAAAUCGGCUGUUUUUCAAGCUGCAGCAUCACGUGACCUGCACGCGUCUCGGGUAAAGAUGGCGCCGAGCGGUUAGAAAACAAGCAGCGCGAGCAGCGGCGACAUUCUGCACAUCGCCGCGACGGUUGGGAUCCCGAAGAACCGAGCGGAGUACGUUUUCAACUCAUCGGACGUUAGCUGUCAGACACAGAUUUUGGUCUCCUUUCUACCAGGAUUACAAUGCUAGCAUAUAUAGAGUCCUCAUGACAAACAAUGGAUCCUGGACAGGAUUUGCUUUUAGCUGCUCUUAGUGAAAGUGGAAUAUGUCCUAAUGACUUUUUUGAGGUUGAUCCUCCGGAUGUUAUACCAACCCCUUCCUCGCAACAGUCUGUGUCAAUAAAUGCUCUGGGCAUUGGUCUUGGUAAUGAAGCACCUGGAAUUCCACCAUCACCUACAGUCACAAUCAGGGAGAAGCCUCAGCCCUCAACCACUACCUUUGUCUUAAAUCAACUGAAUCAGUUGCCAUCACUGGGAACCAUCGUAGUGACCAAACCGUCAGCCGGGACCGCUUCCAGGCAGACCAUCACAGUAACCAAGGUGGUACACACAAGCCAUGCAGCCCAGCAGAGCUCAUCCUCCUCUUCCAGCAUUUGCGCUCCAAGCAAUGAGCAGAUCAGGUUAAAGGACCUUCUCAGACCCGGCAGCCUGAAGACGAGCAGCAGCCUUGGAGAACUUAUGAAGUUGAAGCCUCCGCCUGACAUAGCUCAACCCGUUGCUACGGCAACAGCCACAGGCACAAAAAUUAUUCUGGUCUCCACAAAGAUGAUGAACAAAUCAGUCGAAUUAAACAACGGCCUGAAGAAAGAGGUGUCGGGCAAAGAUGUAGCAAGAAUCUGGGUCAACGAUGACAUGAAAAUGCGGAGCUUCUCACCUGUGAAUAAACUAUCAGGAAUGAAGGAGGAAGAAGAACCGGAAGAGGAGGAAGAAGAAGAGUUGGGUCAUGCCGAGACGUAUGCUGAAUACAUGCCAAUGAAACUGAGGAUUGGUCUGCGACACCCUGAUUCUGUCGUCGAGACCAGCUCGCUCUCCAGCGUCAACCCACCAGAUGUUUGGUACAGACUUUCCAUACCAGAAGAGACCAUAGACAGAGGCUGGUUAUCUGCCCUUCAGCUUGAGGCCAUCACUUACGCUGCCCAGCAACAUGAGACAUUCCUACCAAAUGGAGACAGAGCGGCUUAUCUGAUUGGAGAUGGUGCUGGAGUCGGAAAGGGUCGAACCAUUGCUGGCAUCAUAUAUGAAAACUAUCUUCUUGGCAGGAAAAGAUCCCUCUGGUUUAGUGUCUCGAAUGACUUAAAAUAUGACGCAGAGAGGGAUUUGAGAGACAUCGGAGCAAAGAACAUUCAGGUCCAUUCGUUAAACAAGUUCAAAUAUGGAAAGAUCUCUUCAAAACACAAUGGCAGUGUGAAGAAAGGCGUGAUCUUUGCCACAUACUCGUCUCUGAUUGGAGAAAGUCAGUCUGGGGGAAAGUAUAAGACAAGAUUCAAACAGCUGCUGCAUUGGUGUGGAGAUGACUUUGAUGGUGUUAUCAUCUUUGAUGAAUGUCACAAAGCCAAAAAUGUUUGCCCUAUUGGGUCAUCCAAACCCACAAAGACCGGGCUGGCAGUCUUGGAGCUACAGAACAAGCUGCCGAAAGCCAGGGUUGUGUAUGCCAGCGCUACAGGAGCAUCUGAACCUCGAAACAUGGCCUAUAUGAAUCGACUUGGUAUCUGGGGUGAAGGAACUCCAUUUAAGGAAUUUACUAAUUUUAUCCAAGCUGUUGAGAGAAGAGGUGUAGGUGCCAUGGAGAUUGUUGCCAUGGAUAUGAAGCUGAGAGGAAUGUACAUCGCUCGACAGCUGAGCUUCACAGGCGUGACGUUUAAAAUCGAAGAAGUUCCUUUGACGAACGACUACAUCAAAAUGUACAACAAAUCAGUCCGCUUGUGGGUGAGUGCCAGGGAGAAGUUCCAGCAAGCCGCCAACCUGAUGGAUGCCGAACAACGGAUGAAGAAGUCGAUGUGGGGUCAGUUCUGGUCUGCUCACCAGAGGUUCUUCAAGUAUCUGUGCAUUGCAUCUAAGGUACGAAGAGUGGUGCAGUUGGCCCGGGAGGAGGUGAAAAACGGAAAAUGUGUGGUGAUUGGUCUUCAAUCAACCGGAGAGGCUCGAACCCUUGAAGCAUUGGAGGAGGGCGGAGGGGAGCUUAAUGACUUCGUCUCCACCGCAAAGGGUGUGCUGCAGUCUCUGGUGGAGAAACAUUUCCCUGCUCCAGACAGACAGAAGCUCUUUAGUUUGUUGGGUAUAGACCUGUCUGCAAAGAAAACGCCAUCGCCUUUGGAAACCAUCACUGAGCAGAAAGGAAAAAAGCGCAAAGGUACAGAAACAAAGAAGGAAGUGAAGAAAGCCCGUAAAUCUGGACGUAUGUCAGGUGCCAGCUCCGAUGAGAGCAACUCUGACGAUUCAGACAAAGAUGGUGACAGCGACGACAGCUACAAAUCGGCCAGCUCAGGAGAAGAUGAGGAUGACUUCAAUCCCUUUAAGGACGAUUCCAGUGAAGACGACGAAGAUGAUCCUUGGCUCAUCAGAAAAGACACCAAAAAGAGCAAAGAGAAGAGAAAUAAAAAGAAGAAAAAGAGCAUUGAUCCAGACUCCAUUCAGAGUGCCUUGUUAGCAUCUGGACUGGGAACGACCAGGCCCACUUUUACAGCGCCUGCUAUGAAACCUUCAAACAACAUCGUUCCUGUUGCCAAAACUGAGCCAGAGGAUACCAGCUGUAUGACCAGUCAAGAUGCAGUCGAGGAUGCCCAGAAAAUGAAGAGGGACCUGCUGGAACAACUGGAGCGGCUGGCCCAGGACCUGCCACCUAACACGCUCGAUGAGCUUAUUGAUGAGCUCGGCGGCCCCGACAAUGUCGCGGAGAUGACCGGACGCAAAGGCAGGGUAGUCAGCAACGACGAUGGCAGCAUUUCCUACGAAUCCCGAUCCGAACUCGACGUCCCCGUUGAAAUCUUGAACCUCACGGAGAAGCAGAGAUUUAUGGAUGGAGAAAAGAACAUUGCAAUCAUCUCUGAGGCGGCCAGCUCUGGUAUUUCCCUUCAAGCCGACCGGCGAGUGAAAAACCAAAGGAGGAGGGUACACAUGACCUUAGAGCUGCCCUGGAGUGCUGACAGAGCAAUUCAGCAGUUUGGUCGAACGCACAGAUCAAACCAGGUCACUGCUCCCGAGUACGUGUUCCUCAUCUCUGAACUGGCAGGAGAACAAAGAUUCGCCUCUAUUGUUGCCAAACGUCUGGAAAGCCUGGGCGCUCUGACUCACGGUGACAGAAGGGCCACAGAGACGAGAGACCUGAGCCGAUUUAACUUCGAUAAUAAAUACGGCAGAAACGCUCUUGAAAUAGUCAUGAAGUCUAUCGUUAAUUUGGAUUCUCCUUUAGUGUCUCCACCGUCUGACUUUGACGGUGAUUUCUUUAAAGAAAUCCGCAAUGGUUUAAUCGGUGUGGGUCUUAUAAAUGUAGAAGAUAGAUCUGGUGUUCUUUCUCUGGACAAAGAUUACAACAACAUUGGGAAGUUCUUGAACCGGAUUCUCGGUAUGGAGGUCCAUCAGCAGAACGCCCUCUUUCAGUAUUUCUCAGACACUCUCAGCGCUGUUAUACAGAAUGCUAAAAAGAACGGCAGAUACGACAUGGGUAUUUUAGAUUUGGGCUCAGGAGAUGAGAAAGUGAAGAAAGCAGAUGCUAAAAAAUUCUUGACGCCAGGAUAUUCCACUUCAGGACAUGUGGAGCUCUAUACAGUCAGUGUUGAGCGGGGAAUGUCAUGGGAGGACGCCACUCAUGUCUGGGCCGAUCAGAAUGGGCCAGAUGAUGGAUUCUAUGUACAGGUGCGAAAUAACAAGAAAGUUGCCAUCCUGAUAAAAGAAGUCAACCCCAGAAAGAGACUCUUCAUGGUUUACAGACCAAAUACAGGCAAACAAGUGAAACUGGAGAUGUAUGCAGACAUUAAGAAAAGAAGUAAAAAGGUUCUGUCAGAUGAUGCCAAGCAGCACUGGAUCGAUCAGUAUAACUCUUCAGCUGACAUCUGCUCCCACGCGUACUGGCGAGGGAACUGCAAGAAGGCCUCUAUUGGGCUCCAGUGUGAGAUCGGGCUGCGCUGCAGGACUUACUUCGUCCUGUGCGGUUCUGUGCUUAGCGUGUGGACCAAAGUCGAGGGCGUAUUGGCUUCGGUCAGCGGCGCCAAUGUGAAGAUGCAGAUUGUACGCUUGAGAACAGAGGACGGGCAGAGGAUUGUGGGUCUGAUCAUUCCUGCAAACUGCGUGUCUCCCCUCAUCAACAUCCUGUCGUCGUCGGAUCAGUCGCAGCAGCUGGCGGUACAACAGCAACAGAUGUGGCAGCAGCUGCACCCGCAGAGCAUCAGCCACGGCGUCAGCACGUAACGCGACCACCUCGCCCCUUACAGCGGGUCGGCCGGCCACCAUUCCUCUUCCUCGCUGCCGGUAAGCCGAGAGGAAGACGGUGCUCGUCCUAUUUAGUAUUUCAGGGUUCGUGUCCAAAGAGAACUCAUUGCCGAAGGAGCUUGCUGGACUAGCGAAUCGGAGGUCUGAGCGUUAAGCACGAGGAGGCCGCAUCGAAAGGCCGUAUCGAAAGGCCGUAUAAAGGUCCUUUUUACUGCAACAUCAUCGCCCGUGCUUUCCAUUGAGGACAUACUUGUGCUCUCAAAUUCAAAGAGGGCUGUAAAUUCACCUACACUAUGUACACAGGACAGAGCUCAGGGUUUUACUCGCAAUCAUACCUUUCACUUUCUGUUCAACGCCUGAUGCACAACGUCCAAACCGUUCACCUUCAUCUCCCUUUAGCCUUUAAAGCCAUGCAGCACGUCUUGGGCAUGGCAUUGCUUGUUUACCACUUAAUACGGUACCUUGUUCGAGACCGAACGCGGUGUAAUCUCGACCCAGACUUUAUUUACGAACCGAGGCAUUGCAUGGUUUGAAAAACCAUUCGGAUUUUGUUUAGUUGUGGAAAGCGAUGUUCGUAUGAGGUCGACAGUUUUUUUUUUUCAGUUUUGAGUUAAUUCAGGUAAUAAGGGUGUGCGUAACAUUUUUUUUGAAGGUGUCACUUGCAAUGUUUUCUACAGCGAUCGGCUUUGCUCAUUUUUUUGGGUGAGGCAUUUUCUAUUUCUUGGUUUUAAUAAUUUACUAUCGCUUAAAACGAUUGGUGGACGACGAGGACAUCCGAAUAGUACUUUAUCCCAAAUCUCAUUUUUGCUGUAAAUGUUGGAGUUUGACACAUGCUCUCUCUGAUGUAUCUCAGUGUAUAGUUGCAUAUCUGAAAUGUCAAAUGUUUUGCUGAAUUCUAGAUGUUACGGCACUCUGAAGACAACGUCAUUUUCAUCCUUGCACGAGUUGCACUACUGAUGAAUCUGUACAUAGAGUAUGAAAAAUUGAACUGACUGCAAGAUCUCUACCUCUUGCAUAUGACCAAUAAAUCUUGUGAUUUAC